AUGUACUUCAAUAUUAAACCUAUCGCUCUUCUUGCUCUUACCGCCCUCGCCCCAAUGGCGAGCGCAUUGCGCUACGCCGGCUUCUCGUCCACCACCGGAUGCAGCGGCUCCAACUUCUUCUGCGACGACAACGGCAGCGUUUGCUGCUCCCUCCCAACUGGAUUCGGCUUCUCCGUCGAGUUCGACAACCUCCCUGCGGGCACCCAAGGCCAGGGAUACACUGGAAACACCUGCGGGAGCUUCCUGUUCUCUGUCUUUGGCCCCGGCACCAAGUGCUGGAGCGGUGGAGGAGCUCGUGCAACCCACAUGAACUGGUUCCACUCGCCCCAAGGCCGCCGCAGCGUCCUCCCCGUGCGUGCGGACAACGCGACCUGCGCUCCAUCUGGUUUCACCUACCACGAUGAGAGUGGGGCCGAGAAGACGAUCAAGGUCCCGGUCGGUGAAGCAGAGGCCGUGGCGGCGUUGCACGCGAACAAGGACUUCGCCAAGUUGGCUAGCUACGCAGCAUACUAA